CUUGUUCAUCGCGGAGUUGUUAUUGCAAAACGAACGAUGUCGUCUGAUGCCUUGAACGGGAUGGAAGUAACCGCCGAUAAGAAAAUCAUUUGGAUCAAACUAUUACAAGCGUGUUUAUGUGGGGGAAUGACUGCUUAAAGCUACCUGUCAUAUCAUGUUAGAGACAUGAUAACCCUGAACUUCAUCAUAUGGUCAACAGGGGAUAAAAGUGUUAUUCCUUGUAAAGCUUUCAUUGUUGGAAACUGGGUCACUUCAAGGUUCAUCCCAAUCUUCUCACAUGCAAAAAAUGGCUGACACCACAGUGGCAGUCCGCAGAAAUUAUUGGAAAUUUUGUUUGGAACAGUAUGGAAACAGGAAUUCAAUAGGAGAUAGAUUGUGGAGAAGUGCUGAAAUGGAGAAUCUACAUGUUAAAGAUGACCACAAUGCAUUUGUAAUUCCUGGCUUGAAUUAUCCACAAUCAUGCAACUCAAAUGACGAUGGUUUGCCGCAAGAACAACAGUCAUCAAGGGAAUGGGUCCUGGAGUGGAACAGAAAAAGUGACACCAGCGAGGUUGAGCACUAUCUUCAGCAGAUGCAGAGGUCAAAUAGCUCAUCAGCCCCUGAAACAAACUCAGAUUCGCCGUCAGGGAGUUUUGCUCGUAGUAGCUCAUUGCCAAGAACAGCAGGUCUGGAAGAGGAACAGAUGGAAAGUGAGCCAUUUGAAAUCCAGAAUUUGUCACGUUCACCAAGCAAGAAACUCAUGGAACUGAGGCAGACCAGGGGUGAGGUGACAUCCGAUGAAGGGAUCGCAGAUGAUGGCAGAGGAGCAGGUCAAGUCUUUGCUCAAGAUGAUGAUGUGGAGGACAUGAUGGAAUAUGCAACAUCAGAUGAGGAUGAAACCUACAUGUAUACCAACUUUCUCAAGACAAGAACUUGUUACGACAUCAUGCCGAAAAGCUCCAAGAUUGUAGUGUUUGAUACCAAGCUAAGGGUUAAGAAAGCAUUUUUUGGACUGGUUGCCAAUGGUGUUAGAUCUGCACCUCUCUGGGACAGUGAAAAACAUACCUUUGUUGGAAUGCUUACUAUUUCAGACUUUAUCAACAUUCUUCGCCACUAUUACAAGUCACCAUUGGUCCAAAUAGAUGAAUUAGAGGAAUAUGAUAUUCAAGCUUUUCGAGAUUAUGAUGAUUCCAACUUGAGGCCUGAGUUGAUUCAAAUAUCACCGAUGCAGAGUCUACUUGAUGCUGUCAAGACAUUGGUGGAGCAUAAAAUCCAUCGACUUCCUGUACUUGAUCCUGUAACAGGAAAUGCUCUUUAUAUCCUGACCCACAAGAGAAUCCUGCGAUUCAUGUUUUCAUCUUUGACACAAACCAGUCCACCGGAGUUCAUGAAUAACACACUGAAAGAACUUGGAAUUGGAACGUACCGUGAUGUAGCUGUGAUAUCUCCUGAGACUCCACUGAUAACAGCCUUCCAUAUGUUUUCUGAAAAGAGAGUUUCUGCUUUACCAGUGGUUGACGAGAGUGGGGUUGUAGUUGAUAUUUAUGCAAGAUUUGAUGUUAUUAAUUUGGCUGCUGAGAAAACUUACAAUAACCUGGAUAUUACUGUAAAGAAGGCACUUGAACACAGAGCAGAUGGAUUUGAAGGAGUCCAUACGUGUUGCUUGGAUGAAACACUACACACCAUAAUUGACAGAUUAACUGAUGCAGGGGUUCAUCGUCUUGUAAUUGUUGAUAAAGAAGGUCACUGCAUUGGGGUGUUAUCUCUGUCAGAUAUUCUUAAGUUUUUGGUGUUGAGACCUUUGCAGGGAACAUCAUUCAGUAAUCACGCCCCUGGGCCUAUGGAAUAAUCAGCUUGGUGCUGAUUACAUAAAAAAAAAUACAGCAGUUAUCAAUGUAGCAGAGGAGUUGGUGGGAGACAAAUCUGUCGGGAAAGAUAAUGGGCAAAAAACACUUAAUUUACCAAGUUACAUGCUAUCACCUGAUUCCAAGUUGAUCAAAUCCUCUGGAAGGGAAAGCCAGGGCAUUUACUACAUCUACUUGACUUUUGUUAGUAUAAUUGACCCAAGAAGUGCGUUCUUCAUCCACUGUUCUUCAACAGUGGAGGAAAGAGAGACAUAUUAGGUAGAUGGCAAAAAUGGAAAUGGUUUUGAAGAAGGAUUGGGAUCUUGUAGUUUGGAAAUAGGUUAAGUUAAGGGAAUUUUAUACUUUUAGCAAACUUUUGUGACUUUUAUUUGAGGUUAAGGUAUUGUAUGUAUUAAUUAAGAAGGGUUGAAGCAGGUUUUCUCUACUUCAUUAAGCAUCCAAGUUAUCUCUGCAUAACAAUGUCUCGGAGGGCUUGGUCCAUAAAACUUCAAGGAAUCAUGAUGAAUAAC